AUGACCGAUAAAAAGGACUCACCCCCUUCGUCCCUGGUGUCUACCUCAACUUAACCACUGCAUCUUUAUGCAGGAACUGUGAGCUGCAACAUGGCACAGAGUCAACAUGAUAUAAACCACAUGUAUGCUCUGCCACCUUAUUCUGGUAGCGGAGAAAUGUACCAGGACCAAUCAACCUACUUGGCAAAUUCGACCUGCCCCACAUCCUAUCCACAGCCCUCCUACUCAUACACGUCACCAAAGUCAUCAGUGGACAGCACUCUGUUAACCAUCAUGCCAGACUACAGUGGGUUCUACCAGCCAAAUUGCCAACGUGAUAUACAGGCUUUUCCUGAUAGAAAAGCAUUGUCAUUUUCACUGGAUUCUCUGAGGGUUCCUCCGCCUCUGACGCCUCUGAACACGAUACGUAAUUUUACGCUUGGGGGACCUGCAGUGGAAACCCCUUGUUUACCCAAUCCUUACAACACUCCAAAUGUACAGCUUAGGCCAAUACUGAGACCCAGAAAGUAUCCCAACCGCCCAAGCAAGACACCUGUCCAUGAGCGACCAUACCCGUGCCCAGCAGAGGCCUGUGACAGGAGGUUCUCCCGGUCCGACGAGUUAAGCAGACACGUCAGGAUCCACACCGGACACAAGCCUUUUCAGUGCCGCAUCUGCAUGCGCAGUUUCAGUCGCAGCGACCACCUAACUACACACAUUCGCACGCACACUGGAGAAAAACCCUUUUCCUGCGACCACUGUGGAAGAAAGUUUGCCAGGAGUGAUGAGAGAAGGAGACAUGCAAAAAUCCACUUAAGACAAAAAGAUAAAAAGUAAUGAAUGACCCUGUGACAAGUUAUUAAUUUGGGUUCAUUUAUUUAUGGUUUAGACAAACGUUGUU